UAGCCUAGUCGAGUCGACCGGUGUAACUAAAUCGACAUCACCGAAGAUCCAAUUUACGCCUAAACCCUCGCGCUUACUCAUCCAGAAGACACCGGGCAGACGUCCGAAUGUUGAUAACAAAGAGAACAAAAGAAGAGAGUGGGGCGAUAGCGUGAUAGUGGUGAAAAUCGUCGCGCAGUUGCCACCGCAGAGCCGAGAGCUCUGGAUGUGCUGCUAUGGAGUCGAGGGCUACGACCACGCCGUCGUCGCUGCAGCAGAAAUUCUUGAAACGACCGGACUCGCUUCAACUGGAGCUACUGCCUAUUCCUGAGAACGGGCCUUUGUCUAAGUUCAGUCAAGAUAACAACGAAUUAGUGCACGUGGGCUUUAGGGAUGUCACGUAUACUAUCAAGGAGGGCUUCUUCAAAAGAAGACCAAGAGACCUAUUACGCAAAGUGAACGGCGAAUUUUGUGCCGGCGAACUAACAGCAAUAAUGGGUCCUUCCGGUGCUGGAAAAUCAACCCUCAUGAAUAUAUUAGCAGGAUACACGACUUCAGGUGUUACUGGGAAGCUCCUCGUAAACGGAGAAGAUCGGGAUGAGAGCACCUUUAGAAAACGAUCCUGUUAUAUCAUGCAAAAUGACAAUCUCCAACCCUUGUUAACUGUUCACGAGGCCAUGACCGUGGCGGCGAACCUUAAACUUAGUGCAAAAUAUACUCACAAAGAAAAGCAAACUAGGAUUAAAGAAAUAUUGGAAUCUAUUAAUUUAUGGCAAAACCGGAAAGUGAAGACGUUUUCUUUGUCUGGUGGACAAAAGAAGCGUCUAUCAAUAGCUUUAGAACUGUUAAAAAAUCCGCAAGUUAUGUUUUUCGAUGAACCCACGAGUGGGCUUGACAGCCUUACGUCGAAGCAGUGCGUGAUGCUUCUAAAACAAAUUGCGUCAACUGGAAGGACUGUCAUUUGUACCAUUCAUCAACCCAGUGCUAUGAUUUUCGAAAUGUUUGAUCAUCUUUACGCGGUGUCGAAUGGUUACUGUAUUUAUCAGGGAGCUGUUAAAGGGCUUUUACCGUAUCUAGAACAAAGUAGUCUCAAGUGUCCACCUUAUCACAAUCCAGCGGAUUACUUAUUGGAAGUAGCCUCUGGUGACUAUGGCGACUAUACAGAAAUGCUAUCCAAAAAAUCAGAGAACGGCUUAAACAAUGAAUGGCGAAAUAAGCAAACAAAUUCCUUGCAGUUCCAGUCCAUGGAACACAUAGACAAGUUAAUGGAGAGUGGCUGUAUAACUCCCGUAAAGGCCCCACCUAUACUUUUUAAAAAAAUGACUAACGGAAUUGACGUGAAAAAAAGGUCGUGGUUUUGUUACCGCAGUCAAUAUCCAACUUCUUUUUGCAACCAAAUUUACGUAUUACUUAAGCGAACUUUUUUAUUGAUUAGUCGUGAUCGAACUUUGACGUUUUCAAGAAUUACGACGCAUUUGGGAAUUGCGUUUUUUAUAGGAACUUUGUAUUACGGAAUAGGAGAAGACGCUUCGAAUGUUCUCAAUAAUUUCAAUUUCUUGUUCUUCACUGUCAUGUUUCUCAUGUUGACGGCGUUCAACUGCGUCACAACAACGUUUCCUUCGGAAUUGCCAAUAAUCACUAGGGAACAUUUCAAUAAAUGGUAUUCACUCAAAUCGUACUACUUAGCAAUAACUUUAGCGGAUAUACCUAUACAAAUGGUAGCGACACUACUGUAUGCGGUGAUUACUUACUUUCUUACCAUGCAACCUGUCGAACCAUUUCGAAUAUUUUCUUUCCUCUUCAUGUGCAUAUUAAUAUCCUUAGUAGCCCAAAGUUUUGGUUUGUUUAUUGGGGCUAUUAUGGAUAUCAAGAAUGGUGUCAUUUUUGGACCGUUUUGUUUCCUACCGUUCACAAUAUUCUCAGGGUUUUUUGUACAACUCAACGACUCCCAUCCAUACAUGCGGUGGCUGUUCCACAUAUCAUUCUUAAAAUAUGGCCUAGAGGGAUUAGUUUUAUCCGUUUUGGGGUACGACCGUGGAAAGUUACCAUGUAAUGCCGAUUAUUGCCAUUUCGUCUAUCCAGAGAAGUUUCUGGAUCAAAUGGACAUGGAAUAUGCUCAGUAUUCGACGGCUGUGAUUUUUAUGUUAGGCCUAAUUGCCUUUAUUAGAAUUGCGGCCUAUUUUGCCUUGAGCGUACAAAUAAAAAAGCGAACGUGAACUAAGUCACUUAGGUUUAAGAGUUAUUGUUUUUGUAAAACAAAACACGUUGUAUUAAAAUUAAAACUUACUGUUUGCUCAAACUUUUCAAAGUUUGUUACGAAAAUUCUGAGCAAUAAACAUCGUGUCUACCCUUAGUCGCGUGCACAAUUAUAAUAACAUUUUUCUAAAAUCGGUGCUGUACCUAGACUUAGUCUGUUUGCUCAUUUGAACGACGUAAAGUUUUUUUUAUAUGCUAAGGAGGCAUACAGGUUGAGUGAAUUUUAUAUGUAUUUAUUAGCAGUCAGUUGUUUUGUACGUUUAAGCAAUGAACGUAUACAUUUAUACUUAGAUUAUUUAAAAAUGUGUUCAUAAUCAAAUGUGAUAAUGCCCUUAUAUAUUUGUAUGUUAAUUAAACAGAUGUGUAUUUAGUGGGUUUACUUGAUUUAAAGAGGACUAGUCUUAGUUGUUUGUUUAGUGUCAAAGAUGUCGAAGUAACAACAUUCCAUAUCGUUAGCAAUCGAUUCGUUGCUGAUAUUAUUUUAGUAUCAGUUUGCCGACUAUUACCAUAGAAUAGGGUUACUAACACACAAGCUGUUUAUUAAAGCUUUAAUAUGUUCUCCCCCAAUACUUGUACAAAUUUUACAGAGCAGAUGGACAAGAUUUAUUUUUUUUAGUUGUCAAGUUAAAUGUAAAAUACGUACGUAUUAUACAAAUAUUGUUA